UGCUGUGUUGUGCUGUGCUGUUCUGCCUGUAGUUGCUAGGGGAAGUGACGUCAGCAGCGAGCAGCAGCUUUGACGGUGGAAGAAAAGAUCCGCCAGUGGAGUGAAGCUGCGUUCGAUUAGGAGUUAAGUCUAUCAGCUAAAUCCGUCUCCAUCCGUCUGUUUUGGGGCAAUAAUGACCCCCAAAAUACGGAGAACAUAAACUAGGCGCUUCACACUAUCGGACGACAUCGAUAUUAUCGGCCUGCGUUCCUGGCAAAGAUAGAAAAGGGAUGGUGAAAUGUUCGUUGUUCCAGGAGGAAGUGGGACUGUGGGGGGGGCGGGGGAAUGUGAACUAAGGAGGUUGUAAAGCAGUCAAGAGAGCUGGAAUCUGCCGAGGGACGUAAACAAGAGGUCCAAAGCUGAACAUUACGGAUCCGCAGCGUUAAACUAGCAGGUAGAGACACGAAGCAACACACGGUAAAACUAACGGCUGCUAACGGCGACAUGGAGCUGAGAGUGGGGAACAGAUACAGACUGGGCAGGAAGAUCGGAAGUGGAUCUUUCGGGGACAUCUAUUUAGGCACAGAUAUUUCCGUGGGUGAAGAAGUUGCGAUCAAGUUGGAAUGUGUGAAGACCAAACACCCCCAGCUCCACAUCGAGAGCAAGAUCUACAAGAUGAUGCAAGGAGGAGUGGGCAUUCCAACAAUAAAGUGGUGUGGAGCAGAAGGUGACUACAAUGUGAUGGUGAUGGAGCUGCUGGGGCCCAGCCUGGAGGAUCUCUUCAACUUUUGCUCCCGCAAGUUCAGCCUCAAGACAGUCCUCCUGCUCGCUGAUCAGAUGAUCAGUCGCAUUGAGUACAUUCACUCCAAGAACUUCAUCCAUAGAGAUGUGAAGCCUGAUAACUUCCUGAUGGGACUGGGCAAAAAGGGCAACCUGGUCUACAUUAUCGACUUUGGCCUGGCUAAAAAAUAUCGUGACGCUCGCACACACCAGCACAUCCCCUACCGCGAGAACAAGAACCUGACUGGCACUGCACGCUACGCCUCAAUCAACACACAUCUGGGGAUUGAGCAGUCGAGGCGCGAUGACCUGGAGUCCUUGGGCUAUGUUCUCAUGUAUUUUAAUCUGGGCUCGUUGCCGUGGCAAGGCCUUAAGGCUGCUACUAAGAGGCAGAAGUAUGAACGGAUCAGUGAGAAGAAAAUGUCCACCCCCAUUGAGGUGCUUUGCAAGGGAUACCCCUCUGAGUUUGCAACCUACCUGAACUUUUGUCGCUCCCUGCGCUUCGAUGACAAGCCGGACUACUCCUACCUACGACAGCUCUUCAGGAACCUGUUCCACAGACAAGGCUUCUCUUAUGACUAUGUAUUUGACUGGAACAUGCUUAAGUUUGGAGCCAACCGUGCAGCAGAGGAAGCAGAGAGAGAGCGCCGGGACCGGGAGGACAGGCUGAGGCACGGCAGGAACCCCGGGGCCAGAGGGAUACCCGCCGCAUCAGGACGACCACGAGGAACCCAAGAGGGAGCGCCGGCCACCCCGCUAACACCCACCUCACACACAGCGAACACGUCCCCUCGACAAGUGUCCGGUAUGGAGCGUGAACGGAAGGUCAGCAUGCGACUGCACCGCGGCGCUCCCGUCAACGUGUCAUCCUCAGAUCUAACGGGACGGCAGGACACGUCCCGCAUGUCCACCUCACAGAAUAGUAUUCCCUACGAGCAUCACGCCAAGUAGACGCUCGCCACGUCCUUGUGUGACGGCGGCAACACUGGAUGGUGUCCGGUGUACCGACCGCUGGUCUCCAUCUUCUAGCUCCUCGAUGAGCCCCCCACAAUGCACCCUGGCGGACCAAGCCCUGUUCACUCAGAAGCAAUCUGACAUACUAAUGCUACUAUUCAUUUCCACCACUACUACAGCUACUACUGGAAGGCUGCACACUGCGCUCUCGCUCUCUCUCUCUCUCUCUCUCUCUCUCUCUCUCUCUCUCUCUCUCUCUCUCUCUCUCUCUCUCUCUCUCUCUCUCUCUCUCUCUUUCUUUCUUUCUUUCUUUCUUUCUUUCUUUCUUUCUGUGUGUUGGUCUGACCUUCCAGAACAUUAAACAGUGCCGGACCUCAGGACCCCCCCCCCCUCUCCCCAGACGAGCUGCCACCACCAGAUUGUGAAUGGGCGGUGCUUAGUCCAGGACAAACAUGGACACUGUACUAUAUAUAUAUAUAUAUAUAUAUAUAUAUAUAUAUAUAUGGUAUGGGUAGUUUUUGGGGUGUGAUGUUUUCACUGGUAUUUUCCGUUUUCAUUCCCUCCUCCCACCAGUCACUUGUUCUGUUUUUAGUUGUCAUCAGCACCACUGAUGGCUCUCUUCAGUAACUAUAUAGCCAUUUGUAUAAAAUAAAAAGAAAGUACUUCUUUGCAUGUUUUAGAGGUGAGCCUUCAGCAUCAGCUGUGUGAGGCUCGAGCGCUAGUCAAACCCACGAACGUACCAAACAUCUGUUUUGGUAUCUCGGGUGCAGGAGGUCGUGUAUUCACCCGUUAGUCGGCGAGAUGUUCUGUCUGUUCACCUCCAGGCUCUGGUGUACCAUCCAGUGAGCCCGGCUCCCUUUCUAGUGUUCUGUACUAAAGAAGUGCACUUUAUAUCGGGGGCGAGGGCAUCAUGUGACACAGUCACCAGGGGUCCAUUCACUGCUACAGAUAAACAGUCUCAUUUCUCUUAUUUGUAUCAUUUUGAAGCUGUGAAUUACUUGUAAUAUUGAUGUGUAAAUGUGUGCUCAUCUGUAGGGAUGGGAUGGGUCUGAACAUGACUUGUAGGCUCGGUCCAGGAACUGAGCUGCCGCAGGUGUGGGCUGCCAUAGAUGUAGUAGUCUCCCACCAGUCGUCCCCCCCCCUCAGAGCCAUGGAGUUCUUACAGAAAGCAGUGGGCAGAGACGUUUAGUGGGACAUGCUGUCUCAGCUACUGCUCUCGGUAUUAGAGGUUCAGUCAUCCUGAUCCUACGUGGCAAACUGCAAUAUUGCCAUCGGCACUGAAAACGCAUUCUUUGUGAAUCUGUUAAACAAUUAUUGAAAUGAUGCUUUGUUGAGAGGAAAACUGAACUCCAUCCUUUCACAGGCUUCACAGCAGCAGUGUUCUGUUCUGUUCUUUUCUAAUUAACACAACUCGUCUGACACGUCUGGCUUUGAUGAAUACCUCUGCCAUGUCUCAGAAUGAAAUGGCCUGUUGUGAUUCAUUCUUGCUGCUGCUCAUUCUCUAGUUUGGGAUUUUGACCCUUGACCUCUUUGGUCAGCCGCUCAACACCUAGUGAAUUAUGUAAGCAAACCAGAUCAGCAAGAUUUACUUUCUCACAUUUAUAUUUGCCACUGUAUUUGUGUACUUAAACUGUAAAUAAAUGAAUUACUUGUA